AGCCAGAUCCAUCCCCCCACCCCCCACCCGCCGGCCACCACGCGCGCACCCACACAGAGAGAGGCGCAGAGGGGACCCAGACGACGCGACACCGGACCUAGGAGAGGGAGAACUUGAGCGGACGGCGGCGAUGGGCGGCGGCGGAGGCACGACCUACAAGGGCUACACCAUCCCCCACAACAAGCGCUGGCACACGGUCGCCGGCAAGGGCCUCUGCGCCGUCAUGUGGUUUUGGAUUUUCUACAGGGCUAAGCAGGACGGCGCUGUGCUCUUGGGUAUGCGUCAUCCUUGGGAUGGCCAUGAUGAUCACUCUCAUGGUCAUGGACAUGCACAUGAGCAUGAGGCGUCGUCGUCAUCAUCACCUUCCCAUUGAAUUCAAUGCUGAAAGCGUCUGAGGAAUUGUGUUGCAUGUCUCGACGCGAGUCUCUGCUAAUAAAAGCACAACCAUAUGUCAUUUCAUCCCUGUGUUGUUUGAAAGUGUUAAUUUGUUUAGCACCCAAACUGAUUUUGUUGCUGGCUUGCUGCGGUGCGAAAUGCUUCGGCUAGUAUGUGUUGUUGUGAUCACCACAGACGUCAUCAUGGGUUCUUUAAGAAAUCCUCCGAAAAUAUAUGUCUUGUUCAAGAA